CAAAUCAACCCGGAGGCAACACCUAUCUAAAUUUAUGUCUUUUUAUAGAAAUAUAUGUAAAAAUGUGAUAUUAAAGAAAAGAUCUAUUUUUUUAAACCUAACAAAGUGGAGAUGUAACAGUGGGCGAAGGGCAAAUACAAAAUGAAAAUUUUACUAAUAAUUUACAAAAUUUUCUCUACCAAAGAAACCAAAAUCACCACACAAUAAUAGUGUUACACACUCAAAAGAACGCCCCUGCCAACCAUUUUGUUGAGAAUUUUCUGUCUAAGACUCCUCCUUGACACAAUUCUUUUCUUUUGUGUCCAAAAGUUCAGGCCAUUUAAUCUUCUCCCAAAACUUACUACUAACAGCGUGAAAAUCAAUAACUAUAUCGUCGUUCCCCCACAGAAUAAUGGAGUCGGAAGAGCUCAAGCGUGUCUUUCAUAUGUUUGACAGAAAUGGUGAUGGCAGGAUCACAAAGAAGGAGCUGAAUGACUCGUUAGAGAAAAUGGGGAUCUUCAUGUCCGAUUCAGAUCUGGCGCAGAUGAUCAACAAGAUCGACGUGAAUGGCGAUGGCUACAUUGAUAUUGACGAAUUCGGUGCUCUAUAUGAGACCAUAAUGGAAGACCGAGACGAGGAGGAAGACAUUCGAGAGGCGUUCAAUGUGUUCGACCAAAAUGGGGACGGAUUCAUUACCGUAGACGAAUUGAAAUCCGUCUUGGGAUCGCUUGGUCUCAAGCAAGGGCGGACCAUUGACGACUGCAGGAGGAUGAUUAAGAAAGUCGAUGCUGACGGAGAUGGAAUGGUGAAUUUUACAGAGUUUAAGCAGAUGAUGAGAAGCGGCGGAUUUGCUGCAUUGGGUUAAAGAGAAAAAUCAGCAAGAAAAAAAAUUGAAACAGAAAAAAUCAGCAAGACCUUGAACUUGGAGGUUGGAAUCUUGCUACUCUUAAAGCAAAGGUCCCGGUCAGUUCUUAGAAGAAAUUUAUGGUAUGGAGCCUUUACCACCUUAAUAGACCAAUUUGACGCUAAUGUUAAUUAGUCAAUCACGAACUUGGAAUAUUUGACGACUAAACCAGAAAGAACAAAGAAGUAGAGAGAAAAAUACCCAUUUCCCGCACAGUUAUGUUUGUUUGAAUAGAAGGGACACAAAUAAAAAGAAGUUUUCCCGCUCUUUCCGCAGGUUGUGACUUGUAAAUAGUUUGUUAUAUUUCUUUGAAAAAAUAUUUUCUUUGGCUCCUCCCUUGAAGAAUCUUGAUAGAAAAGCAUUAUUCCCUCAUUUUCAUUUUACUAGUAUCUAUGUACGCUGCCUCUUGAGAUCUAAAGGUUUAUAUUGUAUCUCUUCUCCUCUAUUCUGUUUAACAGGUGAUGUGAAGAGAGAUUUUCAUUUCUUCUUUUUUUCUUAUUUGCAAGUUAAUGAAAGAUUUCUUCUUUCUGUUCUAUUACUCUUUCCUUAACCCUGUUUUAAUAUCCAUCUCUUGAAACCCCAAGAACACAGUUUCUCACAGAAGCUUUUUAUUGCUUCUAUUCCAUUCUCCAUUGUGAUCUUUUUUACGUGUGAGUGUUAAAAAGAAUUUCUCGUUAUCUUCUUUUUCAAUUUUUUUAUUUUUGGGUUUUCCAAAUUUUCUCCUUUCUUAGAAGCAUGUCUCACUUCACACUAAUAUGAUUUGGGUACAGAAGUUCAUGAAUGACAACCAGAAUGCUCUUAGAUUGAAUGGAACCUUCAGUAUUAUAUCCUCCAGUACAUUCCAAUGGACCCUUAG